AUGACCCGUUUGGAGUGCGGGUUUCCCUCUUUUGGAUUAGGAAUCUCUCCCAUUCACGUCUUCAUCGCGAUUCUGGUGGUCCUGGGAAGCUGCAAACCGUCGGAUCUGACACAUGAGCGAGGAAGAUUUCUCCAGGAUCUGCCCGAGUUUGAAGUGGUUCACCCCGUCAGAGUGGACGCCAGAGGUCACUUCCUGUCCAACUUCCUGUCCCAUCGGGCCCGCCGUGUCCGGCGUCGGGAGGCCUCGGAGGAUCCUACGGACCCCGAUCGCGUCUAUUAUCAGAUUUUGCACGACGGCCACAGCUUACGCUUUAACCUCACGCUCAAUCCGAACCUGCUGGCUCCGGGGUUCCUGACGGAGAGGAGGUACGGUGGCCUGGAGGGGGCUCGUUUCCAGCGCCCGGCAGCCUCACGGUGCCAUUUCUUAGGCGAAGUGUGGGAUGAGACCACUAUUAAAGGGAGGGCAGCUCUAAGUACCUGCGACGGACUGCUAAUCUGUUUAUUUAAAAAAAAAUCUAUUUUUCUUCAGACAGGACUGUUCAAGUUAUCUGAUGAGGAGUUCUUCAUCCAGCCCCUGGAGAAGCCCCCAGAAGAGACCUGGGAGCCACAGGCCCACGCCAUCUACAAACGCCAUGCACCCCCCCGCCCCCAGACUCCUCCCAUACAGCCCCUCUCAGGGAAACAGGCUCUCAAUGCUACCUGUGGAAACACAAAUUCCCAGCACAGUUUGGAGGAGCUGGAGAUGCAACGGGAGCGGUGGGAACACCAGCGACAGGGAAGGAGGAGAAGAAUCCGCCAACGCUCCGUCAGCAAAGAGAAAUGGGUGGAAACGCUGGUGGUGGCCGACCCUAAGAUGGUGGACUAUCACGGCAGCAAAGCCGUGGAAAGCUACGUUCUCGCUGUCAUGAACAUUGUGGCGGGUCUGUUCAGGGAUGCCACCAUUGGGAACGCCAUCAACAUUGUUGUUGUUCGACUCAUCCUGCUCGAGCAGGACGAGGAUGAUCUAAAGAUUACACACCAUGCAGACCAGAGCUUGAGCAGCUUCUGCAAAUGGCAGAAGAAGCUCAACAUGAAGGGGGACGAACACCCUCUGCAUCACGACGUAGCCGUCCUGCUCACCAGGAAGGACAUAUGUGCAGCCGUCAACAUGCCUUGUGAGACCCUGGGGCUGUCCCACGUGGCGGGAAUGUGCCAGCCCCACCGCAGCUGCAGCAUCAGUGAGGACACCGGCCUCCCCAUGGCUUUCACCGUGGCACACGAGCUGGGACACAACUUUGGGAUACAGCAUGAUGGCAACGGUAAUGACUGUGAACCCAUUGGGAAACGCCCUUUCGUCAUGUCUCCACAGCUCCUGUACGGCACCUCGCUCCCCCGGUGGUCGCGCUGCAGCCGUCAGUACAUCACCCGCUUCCUCGAUCGCGGCUGGGGCUGGUGCCUGGAUGAUGCUCCGGUGAAGGACAGGUUGUCUGUGACCCCGGUGCUGCCCGGAGUUCUGUACAGUGCCGUCCACCAGUGCCGGCUGCAGUACGGACCCGGGUCCCUGCUCUGCGAUGACAUGGACAAUGUGUGCAGCACUCUGUGGUGCAGUGUGGGAACAACGUGCCACUCAAAGCUGGAUGGAGCCGUGGAUGGAACCAGUUGUGGAGAAGACAAGUGGUGUGUUGACGGUCAGUGUGUGGCAGCAGAAUAUCAUCCUGAGAGCGUCCAGGGCGGCUGGGCGCUGUGGAGCGAGUGGUCAGCGUGUUCAAGAACAUGUGGGGCCGGUGUCCAGAGGGCUGAACGAGACUGUGACAACCCAGUUCCUAAAUACAGAGGGAGGUACUGCCUGGGAGAGAGACAGAGGUACAGGAUGUGCGGCCAUGCUCCUUGUCCCAGGGACCGGCCCUCCUUCAGAGACCUCCAGUGCGGUCACUUCAACAGCCUGCCUUACAAGGGCCACUUCUACAAGUGGGAGGCGGUCGUCAACAAAGUAAACCCCUGUGAGCUCCACUGCCGUCCCCUGAACGAGCAUUUCUCUGAAAAGAUGCGAGACGCGGCCGCCGACGGGACGCCGUGUUACGAGGCCGGUAAAAGCAGAGACGUGUGCAUCAAUGGCAUCUGUCAGAAUGUUGGCUGUGAUUAUGUGAUCGACUCCAAAGCCAAAGAGGAUCGCUGUGGAGUCUGCAAUGGAAACAGCUCCACCUGCACCACCGUGAGGAGGACAUUCGAGGAGAGUGAAGGCCUUGGCUACGUGGACAUCGGACUGAUCCCGGAGGGAGCCUGGGACAUCCUGAUCGAGGAGGUGGCCGCGGCCGGGAACUUCUUGGCGCUACGAAGCGACAACCCCAGCAAGUAUUUCCUGAACGGAGGCUGGACCAUUCAGUGGAACGGCGAAUACAAGGCGGCGGGGGCCGUGUUCACCUACGAGAGGAGGGGCCAGCUGGAAAACCUGACGUCCCCGGGGCCCACCAUGGAACCCGUGUGGAUUCAGGAGGCUAAUCCUGGAGUGAGAUACGAGUACACCAUCAGCAGAGACGUGUCCGGGGACAGCAGCGUCCCGGCCGCUCGCCAUUUUUGGAAAUUCGGCUCGUGGACAGAGUGCAGCGUCACCUGUGGAGCAGGUGUGCAGAGGCAGGUUGUUCACUGUGUGGAAAAGACGACGGGGAUAGCUGAGGAGCACUUUUGUGACCCCUUCACUCGACCCGAUGAUAACCAAACCAGCUGCAACAAGGAUCCAUGUCCAGCCGUAUGGUGGGUUGGAGAUUGGCAGAGAUGCUCAUCGAGCUGCGGCAGCCUGGGCAUGGCUCAGAGGACGGUUCUGUGCAUUCAGGCUGUGAACGCAGAGGAGCGGAAAGCUCUGGAGCCCAGUGAGUGUGAGCACAUCCCCAAACCCGUGUCCACUUCCCCCUGCAACGCUCACGUCCCCUGUCCAGCUGAGUGGAGCACUGGCAGCUGGUCAAAGUGUUCGGUGACUUGUGGAAGUGGAGUUCGUCACCGUAACAUAACCUGCUCUCGGAACACCGAUGUGGACUGUGACCCCCAAAAGAGACCCUCCUCUUUCACGCCUUGCCACACCGAGGAGUGCCCGCAGGUCAUGGAUAACUUCGGAGGCCCUGAAUGGUCUGGCAGUGGUUGGCCCAGCAAAGAGGUCCUCAACGAGAUCAACGCCAUCCCCGCCGUGAAGCCCGCCCCCAAAUUCAGCGCCCCCAGAUCCCACCAGAGACCCGACGGCGACCUGAACCGCAUCGUCGACUUAGACUUCCACUACCACAACAACAUCGAGAACCGCGAACGCGGCCGAGAAAACCCCGUUCAGGUGGACGACUUUUACUACGAUUACAACUUCAUCAACUUUCACGAAGACUUGUCGGAGGACUUCGAGAGUGGCACAGAAAACUCAGAGGCGUUCAGCACAAAGCCGACAAACAGUCUGAAAGACUAUUAUCACGCAGAAACAACACCAGCCCCCACUGCUCUUACGCUUUCAGAGGUCCACACUCUGAAAACAGAGGACCCGCAGAACACUAAAGGACUCCACACAAAGACCGGCUCUGAGCAAGCACCUUCUGAAAAUGUGUCUGACUUGCUUUCAGAGGAUUAUCUGCUCCCAGUUUCUGCCACGCAGCCACCGCUGUCAUCAUCAUCUUCAGUCCAACAUUUACAAACAGAAGAAGUGGAUAAAAAUCCGCUUUGGCCUGAAAACACCAGCACGGAGCCAGGUCUGCUUUUCUCUACAAAACUGCCCACAGAGGACCAGAAGUGGGGGCAGUUUGAGGAGGUGGAUGAAAAUGAUGAUUACGGGCGAGAGGAAAAUCAAUAUGAGAGUUUGCUGGUGACCCCGACACUUACUGUUCCCACCACGACGGGGACUGCUCAGGAAACGGGGCGAGGGGAUGUCUCAAGAGAAGCAGAGGACCUCCAGAGUCUGAAUCCUUUAAGCUCCCCCAUGCCAGGAACUAAAAGUCAGGUUGAGGACGAAGACAGGUUUGACGGAACUACUUUCUCAAUACCUCAAACGCUCCUCCAGUCCACUAAUUUCCCAGGCCUAUUCCCAACGGGGAAUUUGGACAUGUAUCUCAGUACCUCACACAAAACCGAUGACUCAUGGGAAACCAGCAGAACAGCACCUCCUCCCACUAAGAAGUCUGCUCCUCUUCCCGCUCCCUUCCUCCUUAUCUCAGGUAAGCCAAAGGCAUCGGAUGACUCCAUAUUCAUAACUGGAACUGAUAUUACACCUCCUACAAAACCUAGGGGAGCCACUCAGCCUCCUCCAGCCGGUUUCCUUACAGCUACGGUUACACAGAUUCCCACACAGCCGGCCUUCACUGACAUAAGUGGAACAGACUCCUCUUCUCAGCCUCUCUCCCUUGAUUUAAUCGACUCUGACGACAAUGAAAUAUUAAUUGAGCCGGUGACGGGGAGCAGCCUCGACAGUCAUUUUGAUCCUGCGUACCAGUUUAUAACGAGCACGGGAGAUACCCCAAAGCUCAACGAGACGCCAGGACCACUGAUGGACUCGCCAACACCUGCUGCCUCCAUUCCUCCAAGCAUUCCUCCAGGUUUGAGGUUCCUUCCUGUCCCGACAUUCGUCCAAACUUCAGCCUCCACUCCAGCCAGCGGACAACCCUACUGGAUAUCCAGUAACUGGAGCACCUGCUCAACCACCUGCGGCCUGGGUGCAAUCUGGAGGACGCUGACCUGCAGCACCGGAUCAGAGCCUGACUGUGAUCCAGCCAAGAGGCCGGCCCCGGCCAGACAAUGCUACCUGCGGCCCUGUUCCACCUGGAAGAUUGGCGAGUGGAGUAAGUGCUCCAAAAACUGUGAGAGCGGCGUUAAGCUGCGAGAGGUCCAGUGUUUUGACCUGAGAGACCAGCGACUCCUUCGGCCGUUCCACUGCCGGGCCGUGUCCACGAGGCCCCCGACGCAGACGCCAUGCAACCCGCAGCCAUGUCUCAGCUGGUACACGUCCUCAUGGGGCCAGCAGCGGAUCGUCGCCUGUCCAGAGGAGGACCGCUGCGAUAAGGACCUGCAGCCCGCCAACAUCCAGCCCUGCAACAGCCAGCCCUGCGCCCAGUGGCUAACUGGAUCCUGGGGACAGUGCUCAGCUUCCUGCGGCGGCGGAGUGAAGUAUCGACUCAUCAAAUGUGUGGACACAAAGAGUGAGACGCCCCAAGAAGUGGACCCCACUCAGUGUGACCACGAACCGCAGCCGGACGAGACUCAGAAGUGUGACCUGCAGGAGUGUGGGGGUGGGCCCUCUGGUGAGUAG